AAGGACAGAGAAGACAUUGGAGUUGAAGUUUCAAGAUGUUUAAGCUGUGUUAUCCUUUGGCCGCAGUGCUGCUGUGUUUUGUCUUCGCCACAGCGCAGGUUGUGCCAAAUGCAGAAAUCGGUCGGAUUACCAUCCAAGUGCCGUUGCUGUCCAAUGGAAAGCCCGUAAUCCUUACCAAUCAGGACAAGGAGGAAAUCGCCACCGUGGAGGAGAUAAAGCCGGGAAAGGUCCAUGUUGUUCAGGAGGUAGUGGUGCCACCCACAGUAAAGGAGGAGACCAAGAUCAGGAUGGCAAGAUCCGUUUCGAGCUCGGGGAGAUACAACCAUGAUGUGACCAAUCCCGGUAUUCCGAACCAUGGAAUUCCGAAUCCUGGUAUCCCGAACCAUGGAAUUCCGAAUCGUGGCAUCCCCAAUGAUGGCAUUCCCAAUCCUGGCAUUCCGAAUCAUGGAAUUCCCAAUCCUGGCAUUCCCAAUCCCGAUGCCUCCGAACUUAUGCCGGUUGUUGUGAUGCCAAUGCCACCAAGUCGAACCACCACCUCACCCAUGUCCACAUCCAUGGUCAAACGAGUGCCAACCAGGAAUUGUUUCCACCUGCUGAUGGGAGGCAUGACUACCAUGCCCCCAACGGAUAUGAUGACAAUGACACCUCCACCGAUGGAGGACUGCGAUCUGUUGUGCACCAAGGGCGAGUUCUUGCCCAUUUGUGCCCACAAUGGCAACUGUGUCCACGAGUUUGCCAACCAGUGCGUGAUGGACACCUUCAACUGCAAGCAUCGGGAACUGGCCUUCCGUGCAGUGGAUGAGGAAGUCUGUCGGAUGGGAAUUUGUAUGAAGAAAUGCAAGGAGGAGGACCUGAAGCUUUAAGAUACCACACACUACGAGUAUUAAUUUUAGAUCUUUACUUUAUCCUUUACAUAUAAAUCAAAAUAAAUAAUUUCAAAAUAAA